AUGACACAAAAGCCGCAGCUGGCGGGGACUGUGGCGACCACACAUACCAUAGUCGAUCGCAAUGACGACCAUAGCAUAACGCACACAGAGCACAAAGAAAUCCAGCGGGAUCGUACGCGUCGCCCAGAGCGCAUCAAAACAAACAAACAAACAAACCGGGCUUGCGCUCAGCAAAAUUUUUUCAAUGGUAUCACAAGGUACGCGACAGAUAAGUCAGAAACACCGCUGAUGAAAGCCGCAGCAAACGGGCACUGGGAGUGCUGCAAAUUCUUACUAGACGAGGGCGCGAAAGUGAAUCACCACGACGUGAAGUACUGUUCUUCUUUUUUUUCGUCAAUGUCAAUCUUCAGUCCCUAGUUUUCUAGAUGAAGUUGCAUUCGCUCCGACGUGGUUGAUUCCGAUAUAAGAUUUGUCGCUCUUCUACUUCUUUACCACAACUUUAAGCUACCAAACGGCACUUAUGUGGGCAUCGGCGCAGGGCCAUGUGGAGACGAUUGAGGGGUUGCUGACGCACGACGCGAAGAUCGAUGUAACAACGAAGAACGGAGAAAACGCCCUUUUUUUCGCGUGUAUGUUCGGUAAAAUAGAUGCUGCCAAGAUCCUGCUCGCAAAGGGUUGCAACGUGGUAGAGAAGAACAAAGAAGGCCAAAGCGCGAUUUUUGCGGCUGUUCGCUGCGGUCAUCGAGAGUUGGUCGAAAUACUUAUUGGGCACGGAGCCAGUGUCGAGUACUGCGAAUGUUAAUGUUUGAUGUCCUUGAAGAUGUUGUGAUCUUGAUUCAUCUUCUGCAUGAGCGUUAAAAAUUUUCGGGAGGAGAGGAAAGCGGGCUCCAGCUUCAACUUCCAAUCUUCUACUGUGAUUUCGUUUAUCUCUAUCUUGUAGCUCUUCUUCCUGUUCCGAAUCCUAAACGAAGCUCUUGUUCAUCUACCUGCUUCACACGACCAGGUCGAUUACGCAGCGUGGGCAGACGCCGCUGGCGUGGGCAGCGAUGUUCCAGCAAUAUGAAUGCGUGAAGCUCCUCAUCGCGAAAAAAUCGGACUUGUAUAAGCAGGAUGAAAACGGCCAGAAUCCUUUAGACCAUGCAGAGUCGACCCUCAAUAGCCAUAUCGUCGAAGAGCUCCGAGAAGCUAUGCGCGAAAACCCGAAGAAGGAGGAAGAUUAGGCAUUUUCAUAGCCAAUCUAGCAUUGCACAUGGACAUACUCAAACGGGUGUUGUAGUUGCAAUGUGAUAUGCUUUACAUGGAAGAAGCUCAGUGUCAGUAAGCGCUGCCAAGUUUAGUGUUGUUCGCGAUGUCUUUGGUGUUACAAUACGAUACAGUUACAAAUUCUGGGGGAAAAACGCCUUCUCCCACUACUAGAAAAAACGACAGGAUGAAUAACAAGGACUGUAUCAGACAGCGAGCAUACUAGCGCUCACGGGAGCAAGCGAAAUAAAGAGAUGAAGAUCUUCAAUAACAGCAAGAAAUGUAAAGCUCAAAACACUUAAUAUUAUACCAAAAACAUCAGGUGCAGCAAACUUCGAAUGGACUAGUAGUUCUUACUCUUAAUAUACAAAAGCAGAGGACUAAACGAGCCAGUGCUAUCUAGAUAGACUUUCGAUAUAGAAUGAUGAUGAGAAUGUUAACAGCUUUUGCAUACUAGCUACAUUAUAUUGUGAACAGUUAUAUAUACUUAUAGCUGUGCAGAAGUUUUUUUACUUUUAGUGCAAGAACAGGAAGUAACCCUGGUAUCUAUUUGUUGAAGUAACAUGAUGAUGAUUAUAGAAAAAGUAGAAAUGAGAAUGAGAUUUGCAACAUUCCGAAGCUUCACUUCUGCCAGCAGUUAUGGCGGGCCUGACCUGAAUAGAAGUAUGACGAGAAUGGUUGCAUAAAGAGGCAACAUGGUGAUGAAUAGUUUCUCUGAGCAAAGCCAAUAACCCAAAACGAAUAUAGUUGUCACAAAAAAAAAACGAAGUCAGGUACGCCCAUCGUUCUCAACGUUUGCGUCCUCAUGGUCGCCAACGUGAUCAUAUGAUACCACGGACACCCAGACAACUUCUACUUCCUGCUCAAGUUUGGAGGAGUCCUAGGAAGAUGCUCUCAUUUUUGUUAUGUAUGGCAACACGUGUUCACUGCUAUUCCUCGGAGAGUGUAGGUGUUGCAAUUGUUGUAUCAUGUAGCGUUGUCGUUCUUGGUGAUGUCAUGAUUUUUCGGAUUUCCUUAACGGACCGUACAUAUUUUUAACUUGUCACCAGAUUCU